UAUUUGAAAUUUUCAUUUUACUUUAUUUAUAUACAGCAAGUAAUUAAACCAUAUAGAAAAAUUAAUACAAAAUUUGUAAAGGCCAUUUAGGUUUUCCUAAGAAUAAUCAUCCUGAUCAGGAUCUUCAUUAUUUUGUUGCAUUGAGACCAUUUGCGCGGCUUCUUGCAGCUGCUGCCAUUGUUGCUGUUCUGCAGCAGCUUGUUCUUCACGUGCCU